AUGUUCAAACAAUCCUUUGCUUCAUACUUGAUUCCUCAAUGGUUCAAAAGAUCACCAACAACAGAAUCAUCUCCACUUACCGCUGGCGCAUCAAACGCGCCUAUUCCCAAGAGUUUUACUAUCUCCAAUCCGGAUAAUAAAUUGAUUAGUAUCUCCAUGAAAGAGCACAACAAUGAUGAUUUGGAUUUUAUUGACAUUCAAAGUAAAGAAUUAAGUUAUGCCGAAGUUGCUAGCUUGGCUAAGAACAAAAAGCAAACCACGUUGAAACAGAAGACUAAUUUACCAAGCCCAGGUAGAACUACCACUAAUCAAUUCAAUGCCUUGAAUACAGACGUUAAUGAUGAAUUAUUAGAUGACCAUGAAACUAAUGAAGAUACGACUCUUAAAUCUGAUUACGAAUAUCAAAAGAGUAGAAACUUUAGAUCUAAACAAUUUGAAACUGUUCAAAAGAAAAAACAAAGAAAUGCUGAUUAUAAAGCUAAAAUGAAACAAGAGGCUUCUAGUUGA